GACUUUCUCCAUCCUUUUGCAUCCUCACACAGCUCCUUUUCAUCCCCACCCACCCCAAAUCGUAUACCCACAAUGGCUGCCUUGUUCGGACGAUACUCUGCAUUCUUGGCCAGGAGGCCUCUCGUUGGCAACAUGGCUUCUUCGGCGGUUCUCUUCGCUACUGGUGACGUUAUCGCCCAGCAAUUGAUUGAGAAGAAGGGAAAGGACCAUGACCUCGCUCGUACUGGUCGGAUCGUGGUGUGGGGUGGUCUGUGCUUUGCUCCCGCGGUCCACGUGUGGUUCAAUACACUCGCAAGGUUGCCAAUCCAGUCAAAGGUUGCUGGUACCGCGGCGCGUGUGGCUUUGGAUCAGUUCGCGUUUGCGCCUUUCGCCUUGACCAGUUUUUUCACUGCCAUGACCUUGAUGGAAGGCAAGAACCUUGAGGCUGCCAAGCUCAAGUGGAACGAGUCUUUCGUGGAUACCUUGAAGGCGAACUGGAUGCUCUUUAUCCCCUUCCAGGCUAUCAACAUGGGUGUACGUCCUGACCUCUUUACUGAUUCUUCACCCGGUGUAUGAAGCUUACAUGUCACCCCCUUGCAGCUCAUUCCCCUCCAAUACCGACUCCUGGCUGUCAACGCUGUCAACAUUCCAUGGAACACCUUCCUUUCAAUCCAAAACGCGAAGGGCAAGAGCGAGGAAGAGAAGGUGGAGACUCUCAAGCAGGAAUAAAAGCAGUCACAACGGAAGCUUGGGGAUGCUUGGGGAUGCCAAUGAGUGUAGAUACUAGAAAGGAUCACGUGACAUGAAGGAAAGGUCAGCACGAUGUAUGUGUAUGAGUAUCGGCGACCGAACGUCUGAAAAAUAUACAGGCAGGGCCGGUACAGGGCAGUCCAGCCAAUGGUUUUCCAGCGACCUGGGGAUACGUCUCGUUGACGGCUGGACGCUACUUCUGGAUGUUGUUGUGGAAUCUUGUGGAUGGAUAGAUGCAUGAAUUAAGCUGCGGUG